UAUUAAACAAAUGAACGCAGCAAAGGAAUAUUCACAUGUUUUUAUACUUACAGCGUCGUUUAGAAGUGCCCAGUGCAUUUCAGUUUUCAGCUCAGAGUGAUCAUCUCCAUAGUUGACGAUCUCCGCUAUUCCUACGCUUUCAGUCGCCUUCACCCCGCGGUGCUGAGGGUCUGUGUUGCUGCCUGGAUCGGAGAUGGGCUGAGGCGAGGAAGGGCGACCCCCCAGCAACAGCGAGGCGGUAACCGAAGCCACACAUUGCGGGAAUUUCUCUUUACUUUUCUUCUCCCUGCUCAUUCAUCCAUUCACCAGCUCUUUUGGCCCGGGCAGGCCAGGGAAUGUCCCGGCGGCGCCAUGCCUUAUGUGGACCGGCAGAACCGCAUCUGUGGCUUCCUGGACAUCGAAGAGCACGAGAGCAGCGGCAAGUUCUUGCGCCGCUACUUCAUCCUGGACACACAGCAGGGCAGUCUGGUGUGGUUCAUGGACAACCCGCAGGUAACCGUAGGGCACUGGAAUCUUCCGGUCGGCACGGACUGCGUUGGCUCCCUAAAGCUUACUUACAUUUCCAAGGUCAGCGAUGCCACUAAGCUGAGACCAAAGGCAGAGUUCUGCUUUGUCAUUAAUGCUGGGAUGAGAAAAGUCUUCCUGCAGGCCAAUGACCAGCAGGACCUAGUGGACUGGGUCAACGCACUCAAUAAAGCCACCAAGAUUACGGUACCAAAAAUCUCAGACAGCCAUCAGAAUUCGGAAAACCACAAGUCUUUGCUGGAUACCGUGGGACCUAAGAAACAAGUGUCCUAUAAGACUGAAAUCAUCGGAGGGGUUCCAAUUGUGACCCAGACGCAGCAUGAAGGCAGCGACGGGGCAGAGCGAGCAGAGCGCGAGGCCAUGCAUCGGUCGCACAGCCAGCUGCCUUAUUUUCUGGGGAGACCGGCCCAGGACCACACGGUCAUCAAGUCGGGCUACUGUGUCAAGCAAGGCGCCGUAAUGAGGAACUGGAAGCGGCGAUAUUUUCUCCUGGAGGAAAACUCAAUGAGUUACUUCAAGUCCGAUCUCGAGAAGGAGCCCCUGAGGAUGAUCCCACUAAAGGAAGUUCACAAAGUGCAGGAGUGCAAACAAAGUGACAUUAUGAUGAGGGACAAUCUUUUUGAGGUUGUCACCACGUCGAGAACAUUUUACAUACAGGCCGACAGUCCAGAGGAGAUGCACAGCUGGAUCAAGGCUGUCUCAGGGGCUAUCGUGGCCCAGCGCGGACCUGGGAGGUCUGCUGCCACAAUGCGGCAGGCCAGACGGCUGUCGAACCCCUGUAUACAGAGGUAUACGUCUCGAAUUGGGGAGUGCAGCAGCACCCUGUUGCAGCUGUGCACCUGUCUUAGAUGUGUGACUUCCUGCUUGUGUCUCCUCCUCCCUCCUGUUCGAAGCCUGUAUGUCUUUUUCUCCCAGCCACCCUGUUCCCGUAAAUGCAACAGUACCGUUUCCCUCGUCGAGCUAACACGCCUUACUUAACACAAAUUGUAUACUAACAUCAUGAAUACUACGCUUGUGUUUUGUUUAUAUUCAAGAGAUCCAUGGUUUACGAGUUACUGGUUUUCAUUGCAGUCCAAGAAUACUUCAAGAUGGCUGGCUCACUUUCUGCCAUAGUAUUACUGCUUUUAAUUCGACAGGAUUCCUACACAUUUACGGAAUUUAUGAAUUUUAUACUUGAUUUUUUUGUCAACAGCCAAUGAGAGAAACAGGUGCCCAUUUAACAGGUUAAGUAUUGUGACAGUUUUAUCAAAGACCGAAGAGGCGAUGCAAAAGUUUGUUCUAAAAGUAUAUUUUGAUCUUUUUUUUUUUUUUUUUUUUUUUUAAGUUUCUUACAAUUGAAGAUCCAAUACCGUUUUUAAAAUACACAUCUGUUUUUACAUAUCAAUAACAUACUUGAUGGAGAUAAUCUACAUAUGUUGACAUUAGGGAUGUGACAUAUCGGAUAAUUUGUAUCCCAAAAGGUAAUCGAUAUGCGUCUGCCAAGAAUCGAGAUAUUGUUUUAAAAAGGUGUCAAUGUAUAAAAAAAAAAGAAUAAUAAUAAAAAGGAACCAACAAGUUGCUACCAAAAUUUUGCACAAUAAUAGUGUCUCAGUCAGUAUCGGGAAUAACGCCGUUAUAAAUAACGCCGUUACAUAACGGCGUUAUUUUUUCAGUAACGGGGUAAUCUAACUAAUUAUUUUUUCCGCCGUUACAGCGCCGUUACCAUUACUCACGGUCAAAAGCGGUGCGUUACUUACUCUGAAUAAAUUGAAGAAAUUACCAGCUGUAGCGAGUCUACUCUGCUCUGUUUAUUUGUCAUCCAAGACUUGGGGUGCGUUCAGGUCCAUGGCAAUGAAAAUAGUAAACACACAUAGCCUACCUUUGCCAGAACAAUGGCGUUGCCGUUUGAUACGGUCAUAAUGUGCAGGUCCUGCACCCAUCCACAGCAAAACUGUUCGUAGCUUUGUAGCGAUUUGUAAUUUCGGAAUCGUUGAUGAGUUUGUAACAUACACCAAACAAUAAAUAGAGCAGAAUGUCCAUUUCGCGUAAUUGUGGAAGCCCGUCGACAUCUUUACUCCAUUUGUCUUCGGCUUGCUCAUAAGGGUCAAGAUUGUUCACAUCCUUAAAUUUGAUCACAUAUCUUUUCUUCGCCUUAGUAACAAGUUUGUCUCUUUAUCGAACUGGCAAGUUAAAGUUUAAUGUCCCGCGAGCCAGAGCUGCUUCCAAUAUGGUUACGUUGUUGUCAAAUCUCACGUGAUCCCCCAUUCUGUGAUGUAAACGCUCGAGCCUAAUAGCGCACGUACUUCAGAGCCGGUGUUUUCACACACAAACCGGAACAGCGCGUGCGGCAAACACACACACACGCAAAACAGAUGCAGAGGGAUACGAUGGCAUAGCAUUCAGAGGAAAAUUUGUCCCUUACGAGGUGGAGAUAUAAACACUAUUUCAAGUUGGUCGAAAUUUAAGGAAAGAAAGUGCAAAUAAAGUGUAAUUUAUGUCCCGGGGCAAAGCUUUUGUCGACAUCUGUGGUAAGCAAUUCAAAUCUGUUUAUUUUUGUUGCACUUCAAGUGUAGGAUAAAUCUGUUGCUGGUGAGGUGCAAUAAAUAUUACAAGGUUCUAUAACACAACUACGUGUCUAUUCUUCUCUAUUCAACUGACUCGAAUACUGCUCAGAAAAUUUCAAAUUCUUUGACAUACAACAACUUCUUUUUAAAGUAACGGAAAUAGUUACUUUCCCUGGUAACUAGUUACUUUUACUAUAGAGUAAUUCAGUUACUUACUCAGUUACUUUUUGGAAGAAGUAGUGAUUAACUAUAACUAAUUACUUUUUUAAAGUAACGUGCCCAACACUCGUCUAAGUGAACUCUAAAGGCCCAAGUACACUGCAUGCGUGAUCGUUGCGGUUCCGGUCCGGUUCAGUGUUGCCUGCGUGCCACGCAGUCCGUCAAAAACAGGCAAAUCAUACCAGUUGCUGCAAGGCUGUGGUCCGCCAACCUCGUCCCCCCCGUGAGCUCUCGCGUGAUCGCGCGCGAUAAUGUGCCAUUUAAAACAACGAAAAACACACGGCGUCUAUACUCAUCAGAGAAGCAGAGAGAGAGCACAUAUUUUCUUUGCAUAUUGAUAUUUUAGUUAAUCUGGAAUUAAGAGACAGACAUGGCUGCAUCAUGAUGAGAUCAGGACAGAAAAACACACAUAAUAGGACACCUUGCAGCUUCCUUUUUUAUAUUGUCCUCUUAGAAAGGAUCUGCUGCAUCAUAAAUGAUUUUGUGGGUUUCCACCUCCAUGAUGAAGCGCUCAUCAUCCAUCUUCGCUCGUGUUUAAACCGUGAUUAGGCACCUGGGCUGUUACGUCCAGGCCCAGCUCCGCCCAUUUUGUCGGAUGCGUGUCCGCAAAAAUAGAAAAUAGCCUAUACCAUCCGGCGGGCAUGCGGCACGCCGGAGUUGGUCCGCAGUCAAUCCGGAGCACUGACGCGGCCGGUAUACGUUGAACAAUAGGAUAUAAUGGGAACGGAUUGGCUCCGGCGCUAUUUUUUACCGGAGUCGGACCGGAAACGCAACGAUCACGCAUGCGGUGUACUUGGGCCUUUAGGCUGCACUGACGGUGCUCGACGCCCAAUCCAUUUAGACUGGGAACGUUCGUUCAUUCGGAACCAGAGCAUUCACAGUUAUUCUGUCCGAUUUUCAGGGCAUUUACAGAUCACUUGCUGUUCAUUUUAGGUUGAGUUUGAGUCACUGCCUAUUUAUUAGGGUGAUUCCCAGGUCACUUCCUGUUCUAUAACUCAAAAUAAACAUGAAUUGUUUAUUUUGAGUUAUAGAACAGGAAGUGACCCAUAAAAUACCCCAAAAUCAAAAUAAAAUAACUGAAAAUCAACAGGUAAAUGACCUUAAAUAGCCCAAAAUUACUUCAUUGCCUGGAAUCGGCUGCCACUGACGGCCAUAGUUGUUCAAUCUGUUUGAAGUGGGAGGGAUGGCAGCGAAUGAACGAAUGUUCAUUCGUUGCCACCCUCCCGCUUCAAAUGGAUUGGACGUCUACUAGUGAUAAACUCAUUCCAAUUCACAGCAGAAGGUUGUUUUUCUGUUUAUUAGUUGUUUGUAGGAUAUCCUAGAAUGAUUUCCCAUCCAAUGUAUUGAUAAUCAUUGUAUCACCAUAUCGUCAGAUCAUCGUUACCGCGAGCUUUGUAUCGCGUAUCGUAUCGUGAGGUACCAAGAGGUUCCAACUCCUAGUUGACAUGUUCCUGAAGAACGUUCCGUUGAAUUCAGUCCAUUCUGACGUGUUGGGAGCCCUCCGAAUGUUUUUUAAACUGCCAAAAUCUGCACGUGUGCACGUUCCGCGGCGCUUGCGUAGUUACAUGUGACACAUUAGCGUCUUUGUAAACAGUAUUUGUCCAGCUAACCACUACCGCCAGGCUCUGUCCACUGAUGCGUGUGCUGUGUGU